UAUAAUUUCAUGGUACAUUUUUUAUUGUGGUUUUCCCCCUUUUCUGAAGAUGAUGUGGUUAUUUAUCUGAUGCAUCACGGCAGGACUGCUGGCACAUUGACAAGUGGUGUGUGUUGCUGUUUUAGAGUGGAUUUAUGGGCCCAUUUCAUUCCACAAAGUGCCUUGCAGAAUGGACCUACAGCAUUUUUGAAUUUAACAAAUAAAGGUUGAGGCAGAUGACUGAAGGUGCAGUGUAGCCUUUCAGAAAAAGUUCAAGUUACCUGAGGAAAGAUGGGUUAAGCUGUUUUGCUCGUGCAGCAUGGUGUGGACCAUCAUACAGUGAUGUUGGUAAUAUUGAUAUUUUGGAGGGAUAGGGCACACUUCUUUGGAUAUAGUCUUUGUUGAUGUGUGUUUUACGUUUUGGUGAUGUGACCCAUUUUAUCAAGAUAGCAAUCAAAUAACAGCAUUGUUUUAGAUCAUUGCCUGCGAAAUAGUGAUAUUCCAAGAUUCAAGCCAAUGAAAACUCCCCUAUUCCUCAUGAACCAACCACCUGAUAAAAAGAGAAAAACAAGUCCCUGUGGGCAAGGAAAAGGAAAAACAGUUGAAGAAAACCCUUGGGGUGAAGAUUUCACUGAGGAUGAACUUGAAUUCUUUAACUCACAGGCUGAUAGUCAGUCAGUUUUUACCAAACCGGAGCUUCCUACAUGCCCUCCAGAUGUUUCAGCAGCUGUUUCUCCAGAGGAUGCUGCAAGUCAGUCAAAGACACAUGUGCAAGAACCUGUUGCAUCAAGUUCAAAAGACCAGGGAUCUUCUCAACAGGUGGCAACAUCAUCUACAAGCAGCAAACCUGGCCCAUCUGGAGGAAAAAAAUUUCGAUGGUUCCGUCAGAAGAUAGGAGGAGGUCAAAGACUAGGCUCUGCGGAUGACCCUUUGGGUCCCAGUAAGGAAUUUCCGGAAGAUCUUCAAAGAUGUCUUUUAGAACGAGAAAGGCAAAUUGCAGAUUUCCAGGCACAACUAUUUCGAAUGGAGGAUGAACUCACAGCCAGGGAAGGAGAAGUUGCCAUUCAGAGGGAGACAAUUCAGCAAAAGGAAACAGAAAUCUUAAAGUAUAAACAGGAAAAAAUGGGACAAGUGGAAGCUGAUAAGCGGGAGAGAAGUGCUAAGGAAAGGCAGCUAGAGUUGGAAGUCGAACGGCUAGGAAGUCAAGUGCAGUUCAAAGAACGUGAGGUAUCUGAAGUUGUGAACAAAUGCCGUGCCCUUGAAAUGAAAAUUGCCCAGCUUGAAGGUGCAGGUACUUCACCAGUUAAAUUGUCCACCCACUCACCAAGAGUUCAUCCUGUUGGCAAGAAGUCUCCGUUGAAGAGUCCACAGUCUGCAGGCUACCCAACCAUAGAAUCAUUCCAAGCCAAGAAUCCUCAAGAUUCAACUGACAAAACUGCAGACACAUCAACAGAGAAUGUAUCAAUAGUGGAAGAUGAUAAGGCAAAAAGAAAGCAAAGGCUCCCUACCACAAUAUCGAAAGGUGUGGUGGGUGGGCCCUAUUUAGUCAGCCGACUCUUGGGGGAGGUGGGAAACCUACAUAUUGAUUCCAUCCCAACCGCUGGAGGUAUCGUAAGGCUGCUCCUACCCAGAGGCCGAACCCCUGUCAACCUGUCAACUGUGUACCUUGAAAGAGAGGGGGGAAGCUUGCUGUUUUCUCCUAAACACUUGAAAAGAUCAACUGGCUUUCAACGUUCCAUGUCUACAUCAAGAUCAUUAGCUUAUCGGGACUCUGAUGGAAAAAGUUCUGGUGAAAAUGCUGCAAGAAACAUAGCUUUAGCAAAUAUUGGAGUUUCUGCAAUGCUGACAGGGGAAUAUUCACCCAAGGACUUGGGAAGGUUUAUUCAAAGUAUUUCAGAUGAAGACAUCGAUGAAAAUGUGUUGACCCAUGAAGCUGUUUUUCUGUUGCCGUUAAUAGAGGACUGUGUGCGAGAAUACUCAAAAAUGUUGAACGUUUGUUCCGAUGACAAUCUAUCCAGUCCAAAAACUUCCUUAAGUUCCCUCUGUUUUGAAAGUGGUAGCAGUUCAGACCGUAGUUCCUUUCAUUCGUUUUCAAGCUCGCUCAGCUCUCUUCUUAGGGAAGGUGCCACCUAUGCAAACAGUCUUGAGGAGAUAACUUUGGCUGCUUUGCAUGUGCUUCAUGAAUUGGUUUCACACUGUCCCGAAGUUGUCAGCUGGAUAUUUUCAGAGUCAAGACCUUCACCUGUGAAGAAAUCUCAAGGAAGUUCCAGUGCUGUGACUGGUGCACAAGGGGGUGCAAAAGAGGAAGAACCCACUGCAGGGACCAGUAAAAUGUCAUCAAAGUUGCCUGAUUCUGUCCCAAAGAGUAGCCCUUCCUUGGAUGGUUCAGCUCUCUCAGAUUUGCAGAUAUUAUACUACAUCAUAACCCUAGCAGAUACUGGAAUGGACAAUGGUCUACUACAUAGACAGGCAGUUGUUGAACGAUGUUUGGAUAUUCUGUACAAGCUUGCAGCUCAGUGUUCAUCUAAGCAGAAGGAAUGUUUGUCACCAUUGGUUUCUCUUGGUGUGCUGCACACAUGUUUAGGACCAGACACCCCAACACCCAUUGUCAAAAGAGCAUUAAGGGUCUUAACACAGUUAGUACAGUGUAACUCGCUUCUGGGGUCGCUCUGCUCAGCAUCAGAUGGAUGCAUUUGGAUGUGUGUCUAUGGCCUGUGUACCAACAAAAAGUCGAAUCUCUAUUCUGAAAGAAAUGUUAUAUUUACUAAUGUCAUUCAAUGCUGGUCAGCUGUAGCAGCUAACACAUCAAGACAAGGGAUUUCAAAGCUAGUGGAUUCGGGCUGUGUGUGUAGCAAUGAGGUGAUAAAAGCUGUUACAAUGCUGAUGGGUAAUGUCUUGGAGGAAUACUUGCGUACAAACAACAAAUCAAAACUAGAGCUUAUCAAGAUGGGUUUGCCGUUCAUGCAGUUGUUGUGUCAGAAUGACAGCCACUUAGCAGAUCGUCAAGACGACACAGUGCACAAUUAUGUGGCUCUUGUGUGUAGACUUACAGAACUGUAUAAACAACUCCCAGGAAUCACUGUCCAUGAAUCUGUUGCAUUACACGAACUGUGGGAGAUGUUGCAAGAGGAAGGCAGUGGAGACUCACAAAUGGAGUGUGUUUGUGAAGAUUCUUAAAAAGCUCAGGAAUUACCAGAAGGGGGUACUUUCUUAGAGAAAUAAAAAUCUGCAAUAUGUUUAGAAGAUAGGAAAAGUAUUUUUAUAAGUAGUGGUUAUGAAAUUUUUAUUGAGAUACUUGAGGGAAAUGUCUCAUUGUACAUUAUAGUUAGUUUUUGAAAACAUAUUUUAGCUGUAAAGUAAAUGUACCAUUGCAAAUAUUUAUAAAUUGAAGACUAUUGAAUUGACUAGUGACACUGCCAUCAAAGGUCUUGUUGUUGACAGAUGUUUGAAGGUUGGAAAUUAAAAAU